ACACCAAUUUGGACGAUGGAUCAUCAUACCUCCAGAGCGAAGCAUCUAUUCUAGUGUGGGAGACGAAUCCUUUGAAGUUCAAUCCUGUUUUCAGCGCCGGAAAUGAAUACCGGAGGAGAAGGUAGCAGCGAUAGUUCGCCGGAAAAAAAGAAAGGAAAGUCAAAGACCCCGAGAAAGGCCAAAGAUAGCACUCUCAAACAAAAAUCGCCGGCUGAAUUCUUUGCUGAAAACAAGAAUAUUGCCGGAUUUGAUAAUCCUGGAAAAAGUCUUUACACUACUGUGAGAGAACUUGUUGAAAAUGCACUGGAUUCCGCGGAGUCAAUCGCAGAGCUUCCAUUCGUUGAGAUAACAAUUGAAGAGAUAGUGAGAAGUAAAUUCAACUCCAUGAUUGGACUUGUUGACCGUGAAAGAAUUGAUGAGGCGUUAUAUGAUGACUUUGAGACAAUCAAGGCUCGUGAGAAAAGGAUAGCUAAAGAAGUUCGUUUUCAAGAAAUCCAAACAAAAAAUGCUGUUCUGGGGAAGAAACCAAAAGAGCAACCUGCUGUAAAAGCACCCGGUAAGGGUCGUGGUGAGGCUUCCUUCUACAGGGUGACUUGUAAGGAUAAUGGCAAAGGAAUGCCUCAUGAUGAUAUUCCUAAUAUGUUUGGACGAGUGUUGUCGGGUACCAAAUAUGGCUUGAAGCAGACACGUGGAAAAUAUGGACUUGGUGCAAAGAUGGCAUUAAUUUGGUCCAAAAUGAGUACUGGUCUACCAAUUGAGAUCUCAUCAGCUAUGAAGGGUCAGAAUUUUGUUACUCUUUGCAAGCUGGACAUAGACAUUCAUAGGAAUAUUCCUCACAUACAUCUACAUGAAAAACGAAGCAAUAAGGAUAAGUGGCAUGGAGCAGAAAUACAAGUUGUCAUUGAAGGAAAUUGGACUACUUACCGUUCCAAGAUAUUGCAUUAUAUGCGGCAAAUGGCUGUUAUAACACCCUAUUCUCAAUUUCUUUUUAAAUUUAUCUCAGAUACAUCAGAUAAGAAUGUCACCAUUAGAUUUGCAAGAAGAACUGAUGUAAUGCCACCAGCCCCACUUGACACAAAAUUCCACCCUUCAGCUGUGGAUUUGCUUCUCAUUAAACACCUUAUUACAGAAACUUCAAAGACAACCCUACUACAAUUUCUUCAGCAUGAAUUUGUCAACAUAAUGAAGGCACAUGCUGAACGUCUAAUAGGGGAAAUGGGUCCAGAAUUUAAACCUAACAUGCCUGUGAAGUCUCUUACCUCUCAGCAAAUAGUUCGCAUCCAUCAAUUGUUUCGCCAAGCUAAGUUUGAUGAUCCUAGUGGCGAUUGUCUUAGUCCUGCCGGGGAAUAUAACCUUCGUCUUGGAAUCAUAAAAGAGCUGCACCCUGAUAUGGUUGCAACAUACUCGGGAAGUGCUCAAGUCUUUGAAGGCCAUCCAUUCAUUGUUGAAGCAGGUGUUAGUGUUGGUGGAAAGGAUGUCAAACAAGGGCUGAAUAUUUUCAGAUUUGCAAAUCGAAUUCCUCUUCUGUUUGAGCAAGGCGCUGAUGUUGUCACAAGGACUGCCAUGAAAAGAAUCAAUUGGAACAGUUACAAGAUUAACCAGACACAAGAUAAAAUUGGUGUCUUUGUCAGCAUUGUAAGCACAAAAAUCCCAUUCAAAGGGACCGGCAAAGAGUAUAUCGGUGAUGACAUAAGUGAAAUAGCUUCUGCUGUAAAGGCUUCCAUUAAACAAUGCUGCAUCCAGCUAAAGUCAAAAAUCAUGAAGAGAAUUCAAGCUCGUGAGCAGCAGGAGAGAAAAAGAAAUUUGAGCAAGUAUAUACCUGAUGCAACAGGCGCCAUAUACGAGGUCCUAAAAGACAUGGCUCUGAAACAUGCCUCGAAAAAAACACGCUAUGAAGAUGAAGAUGCAGAAAUUCUGAAGAAAGUUUCGUCUCGCUUGAUAACCAAGGAGACCCUUAAAGAAAAACUCGCGCAACAUGUCGAGCAGGUUGACUACGAAAUGGCGUUGGAUUAUGCAACACAGAGAGGAGUGAAUGAAGAACCGAAAGAAAUCGUUUAUUUACAGUCGCUCGACAUAGAGAAUAAUAAGUUUAUUGAUUUGAAGAGCCCCUCUUUUGUAUUUCGCCUUUUCCAAUAGAGUUAUAGAUUUGUUGUUCUUGUUGUCAUCUGUGUGUUGAAACAUUGAAGGAAAUUUACUUGCAUUGAGUUUUGUAAAUUUUUUUAUAUUAAUGUCGUUUUAAUAGAUUUUUUUUUGUUUGUUGAAAAAGUGAAUAAAUUAGUUAAGGAUUUGUUUUGAUUGUAUGCAUUUGGGCAAAAUUAUUUUGAAGUAA